UCAGGGGAGGGAGAGAGGCGGCCGGACGUGGUCGUGCGGGGCUCAGGAGGCGGUCGGCAAGCCUUUCCUCGCUGGUGGGCGGAGCGCCGCCCUCUGCGUGUGACGAGCCCCUCGCGAGCGGCGGCGGUCUCGGUCUCCGGGGCGCCGGGAGCUGACUGGGCCUCGGCCGAGAGGCAGAGGCGGCUGCCGCUUCCUGCCUGGCGGCUGAGCGAGGCGGAGGCCAGAGCGGCGCCUGCAUCACGUGACCCCCGAGAGGGAAGGAGCCAAGAUGCACGGGGGCGCGCCCUCCGGGGACAGCGCCUGCCCUCUGCGCACCAUCAAGCGCGUGCAGUUCGGCGUACUGAGCCCGGACGAGAUGAAACGGAUGUCUGUGACAGAAGGGGGGAUUAAAUAUCCUGAGACAACGGAAGGGGGUCGCCCUAAGCUGGGUGGACUGAUGGACCCUCGGCAGGGUGUUAUUGAAAGGACUGGACGCUGCCAGACAUGUGCAGGUAACAUGACUGAGUGCCCAGGCCAUUUUGGACACAUUGAGCUGGCCAAGCCAGUCUUCCACGUUGGUUUCUUGGGCAAGACCAUGAAGGUUCUGCGCUGUGUUUGCUUCUUCUGCUCCAAACUGCUGGUUGACUCUAAUAAUCCAAAGAUUAAAGACAUUUUGGCCAAAUCCAAAGGGCAACCUAAGAAGCGCCUGACCCACGUCUAUGACCUCUGCAAAGGCAAAAACAUCUGUGAAGGGGGAGAGGAGAUGGACAACAAAUUCGGAGUGGAGCAGCCAGAGGGCGACGAAGACAUCAGCAAGGAGAAGGGUCACGGGGGCUGUGGGCGCUACCAGCCAAGGAUUCGACGUUCAGGCUUGGAGCUCUAUGCUGAGUGGAAGCACGUAAAUGAGGAUUCCCAAGAGAAGAAGAUCCUGCUGAGCCCAGAGCGGGUGCACGAGAUCUUCAAGCGCAUCUCAGACGAGGAGUGCUUCAUCCUUGGCAUGGACCCGAAAUACGCCCGGCCUGAAUGGAUGAUCUGCACUGUGCUUCCAGUUCCGCCGCUGUCUGUCCGGCCUGCUGUGGUCAUGCAGGGCUCUGCCAGAAACCAGGAUGAUUUGACUCAUAAGCUGGCUGACAUUGUGAAAAUCAACAACCAGCUGCGGCGGAAUGAACAGAACGGGGCAGCUGCUCACGUCAUUGCUGAAGAUGUGAAGCUGCUGCAGUUCCACGUGGCCACUAUGGUGGACAACGAGCUGCCUGGGCUACCUCGUGCUAUGCAGAAAUCAGGGAGGCCUCUGAAGUCCCUGAAGCAGAGGCUGAAGGGGAAGGAGGGGCGUGUGCGAGGGAACCUGAUGGGGAAGCGAGUGGAUUUCUCUGCCCGGACGGUUAUCACGCCUGAUCCCAACCUAUCGAUUGAUCAGGUGGGCGUGCCCCGCUCCAUUGCGGCCAACAUGACCUUCGCUGAGAUCGUGACGCCCUUCAACAUUGACAGGCUGCAGGAGCUGGUGCGCAGAGGGAACAGCCAGUAUCCUGGAGCCAAGUACAUCAUCCGGGACAACGGGGACAGAAUCGACCUUCGUUUUCACCCCAAGCCCAGCGACCUCCACCUUCAGAUAGGAUACAAGGUGGAACGGCACAUGUGUGAUGGGGACAUUGUCAUUUUCAACCGGCAGCCGACGCUGCAUAAAAUGUCCAUGAUGGGGCACAGGGUCCGAAUCCUGCCCUGGUCAACCUUCCGCCUCAAUCUCAGCGUGACCACCCCUUACAACGCUGACUUUGACGGUGAUGAGAUGAACCUCCACCUUCCCCAGUCCUUGGAGACGCGAGCUGAGAUCCAGGAGUUGGCCAUGGUGCCUCGCAUGAUUGUCACUCCGCAGUCCAACAGACCCGUCAUGGGGAUCGUGCAGGAUACCCUGACGGCUGUCCGCAAGUUCACAAAGAGGGACGUCUUCCUAGAGAGGGGGGAGGUGAUGAAUCUGUUGAUGUUCCUUUCCACGUGGGAUGGCAAAGUGCCCCAGCCAGCUAUUCUGAAGCCCCGCCCCCUCUGGACUGGAAAGCAGAUCUUCUCUUUGAUCAUUCCGGGCCACAUCAACUGCAUCCGUACGCACAGCACUCACCCAGACGACGAAGACAGUGGGCCUUACAAACACAUCUCUCCUGGAGACACCAAGGUCAUUGUGGAAAACGGGGAGCUCAUCAUGGGGAUCUUGUGCAAGAAAUCGCUGGGAACCUCAGCAGGCUCUCUGGUCCACAUCUCCUACCUGGAGAUGGGGCAUGAUAUCACCCGUCUCUUCUACAGCAACAUCCAGACGGUCAUCAACAACUGGUUGUUGAUUGAAGGUCACACGAUUGGCAUUGGGGACUCUAUUGCUGAUGCCAAGACCUACCAGGACAUUCAGAACACCAUUAAGAAGGCCAAGCAGGAUGUGAUAGAGGUCAUUGAGAAGGCCCACAACAACGAGCUGGAGCCCACGCCCGGGAACACGCUGCGGCAGACCUUUGAGAACCAGGUCAACAGGAUCUUGAACGACGCCCGAGACAAGACCGGCUCCUCUGCCCAGAAGUCCCUCUCGGAGUACAACAACUUCAAGUCCAUGGUGGUGUCGGGUGCCAAAGGUUCCAAGAUCAACAUCUCGCAGGUCAUUGCCGUGGUGGGUCAGCAGAACGUUGAAGGGAAGCGCAUUCCGUUUGGCUUCAAGCACCGGACGCUGCCCCACUUCAUCAAGGACGAUUAUGGCCCAGAGAGUAGAGGCUUUGUGGAGAACUCGUACCUGGCUGGCCUGACCCCAACAGAGUUCUUCUUCCACGCCAUGGGUGGCAGAGAGGGCUUGAUCGACACAGCUGUCAAAACAGCAGAAACCGGUUACAUCCAGCGUCGGCUGAUCAAGUCUAUGGAAUCGGUGAUGGUGAAGUAUGAUGCCACCGUGCGCAACUCCAUCAAUCAGGUGGUGCAGCUGCGCUAUGGCGAGGACGGGCUGGCGGGGGAGAGCGUGGAGUUCCAGAAUUUGGCCACCCUCAAGCCCUCCAACAAGGCCUUUGAGAAGAAGUUCAAAUUCGACUACACGAACGAGCGGGCUCUGCGGCGCACCCUGCAGGAGGAGAUGGUGAAGGACAUCCUCAGCAACGCCCAUAUCCAGAACGAGCUGGAGAGGGAGUUUGAGAAGAUGAAGGAGGACCGGGAGGUGCUUCGGGUCAUCUUCCCCACAGGAGACAGCAAGGUGGUUCUUCCCUGUAACUUGCUGCGCAUGAUUUGGAAUGCCCAGAAAAUCUUCCACAUCAACACACGGCUGCCGUCUGACCUGCACCCCAUCAAAGUGGUGGAGGGCGUGAAGGAACUCAGCAAGAAGCUGGUGAUUGUGAAUGGGGAUGACCCGCUGAGCAAGCAGGCGCAGGAGAACGCCACGCUGCUCUUCAACAUCCACCUGCGCUCCACAUUGUGCAGCCGACGCAUGAUUGAGGAAUUCCGCCUCAGCGGGGAGGCCUUUGACUGGCUGCUGGGCGAGAUCGAGUCCAAGUUCAACCAGGCGAUUGCUCACCCGGGCGAAAUGGUGGGAGCCCUGGCUGCCCAGUCCCUGGGCGAGCCUGCCACUCAGAUGACCUUGAACACCUUCCACUACGCUGGCGUCUCGGCAAAGAACGUGACACUCGGUGUGCCUCGUCUCAAGGAGCUGAUCAACAUCUCCAAGAAGCCCAAGACUCCUUCGCUGACUGUCUUCCUGCUGGGGCAGUCUGCCCGUGACGCUGAGAGGGCCAAGGAUAUCCUUUGCCGCCUUGAACACACCACCCUUCGCAAGGUGACGGCCAACACAGCCAUCUACUAUGACCCCAACCCACAGAACACAGUGGUGGCUGAAGACCAGGAGUGGGUGAAUGUUUACUACGAGAUGCCUGAUUUUGAUGUGACCCGCAUCUCUCCCUGGCUACUGCGGGUGGAGCUGGACCGCAAGCACAUGACGGACCGCAAGCUGACCAUGGAGCAGAUUGCAGAGAAGAUCAAUGCUGGCUUUGGGGACGAUCUCAACUGCAUUUUCAAUGACGACAACGCUGAGAAGCUGGUGUUGCGGAUUCGCAUCAUGAACAGUGAUGAGAACAAGAUGCAAGAGGAGGAAGAGGUGGUAGACAAGAUGGACGAUGACGUUUUCCUGCGUUGUAUUGAAUCCAACAUGCUGACAGAUAUGACCCUUCAAGGCAUUGAGCAGAUCAGCAAGGUGUACAUGCACCUGCCCCAGACAGACAACAAGAAGAAAAUCAUUAUUACUGAGGACGGGGAGUUCAAGGCCUUACAGGAGUGGAUCUUGGAGACAGACGGUGUGAGCCUCAUGCGAGUGCUGAGCGAGAAGGACGUGGACCCUGUGCGCACCACCUCCAACGACAUCGUGGAGAUCUUCACGGUGCUGGGCAUCGAGGCCGUGAGAAAGGCCCUGGAGAGGGAGUUGUAUCACGUCAUCUCCUUCGACGGCUCCUAUGUCAACUACCGCCAUCUGGCAUUGCUCUGCGACACCAUGACGUGCCGUGGGCAUUUAAUGGCCAUCACUCGUCACGGCGUCAACCGCCAGGACACGGGGCCGCUCAUGAAGUGUUCCUUUGAGGAGACGGUGGAUGUCUUGAUGGAAGCAGCUGCGCAUGGUGAAAGCGACCCCAUGAAGGGCGUGUCUGAGAACAUCAUGCUAGGCCAGCUUGCCCCUGCAGGCACUGGUUGCUUUGACCUCCUGUUGGAUGCAGAGAAAUGCAAAUACGGCAUGGAGAUUCCCACCAACAUCCCAGGCCUUGGGGUGGGCGGACCCACCGGCAUGUUCUUUGGGUCAGCUCCCAGCCCAAUGGGUGGAAUGUCACCUGCCAUGACUCCAUGGAACCAAGGUGCCACACCAGCAUAUGGAGCUUGGUCCCCUAGUGUCGGCAGUGGAAUGACUCCGGGUGCUGCAGGUUUCUCUCCCAGCGCUGCCUCAGAUGCCAGUGGCUUCAGUCCGGGCUAUUCUCCAGCCUGGUCUCCCACCCCGGGCUCUCCUGGCUCUCCUGGGCCUUCCAGCCCAUACAUCCCAUCGCCAGGUGGAGCCAUGUCUCCUAGCUAUUCCCCAACAUCUCCUGCUUAUGAACCUCGAUCCCCUGGAGGGUACACACCACAAAGCCCCAGUUACAGCCCCACGUCUCCUUCAUACAGCCCAACUUCUCCCUCAUACUCUCCCACAAGCCCAAAUUACAGCCCAACCAGCCCAAGCUAUAGCCCCACAUCACCCAGUUACUCUCCAACUAGUCCUAGCUACAGCCCCACAUCACCUAGCUACAGCCCCACCAGCCCCAGCUACAGCCCCACAUCGCCUAGUUAUUCUCCAACCAGCCCUAGUUACAGCCCCACCUCGCCCAGCUACAGCCCCACUAGUCCCAGCUACAGCCCGACAUCGCCUAGCUACAGCCCCACUAGUCCCAGCUACAGUCCAACGUCACCUAGCUACAGCCCCACCAGCCCUAGCUACAGUCCAACAUCACCUAGCUACAGUCCCACAAGUCCAAGUUACAGUCCCACAAGCCCCAACUAUAGUCCAACAUCUCCAAAUUAUACCCCGACCUCUCCUAGCUACAGCCCAACCUCUCCCAGCUACAGUCCAACAUCUCCCAAUUACACACCUACUUCUCCAAACUACAGCCCAACUUCCCCAAGCUAUUCUCCUACUAGCCCAUCCUAUAGCCCCACCUCACCUAGCUAUUCUCCUUCCAGCCCCCGCUACACCCCUCAGUCACCCACUUACACCCCCUCGUCACCCAGCUACAGCCCCAGUUCGCCCAGCUACAGCCCAACCAGCCCCAAGUACACACCGACGAGCCCAUCGUACAGCCCCAGCUCUCCAGAAUACACCCCAACAUCGCCCAAGUACAGUCCGACCAGCCCCAAGUACAGCCCAACCUCGCCCAAGUACAGCCCAACUUCACCAACAUACAGCCCCACCACGCCCAAGUACAGCCCAACCAGCCCAACCUACUCACCAACAUCGCCUGUUUAUACGCCAACCUCUCCAAAGUACAGCCCCACAAGCCCCACUUACUCGCCAACAUCGCCCAAGUACAGUCCGACGUCGCCUACUUAUUCUCCAACCUCCCCCAAAGGCUCCACAUACUCCCCAACUUCUCCUGGCUACAGUCCUACUUCUCCAACUUACAGCCUCACCAGCCCUGCUAUCAGUCCGGAUGACAGCGAUGAAGACAACUGAAAGUGCAGGGGGAGUUCCCGUCACCUUGCAGAUCAGUCAGGGUGCGAUCUCUCGUCUAGCAACCUCUGGAAAUCUGUGGCUGCCAGUGAGAAAUCUUACUGCGUGGAUACCUGUCCUUUUCCUUUUAUUAUUUUUCAGUGGAGGAGCUUUUAGUCUCCGUACUCGGCCACUUUUUGGCAUUUUUAUCUUUAAAAACAUCUCUUGUAAAUAACCAGACUACCUAAUAAAGCUGUACAUAUAUCCUAAGGGGUAACCUCACUAGCGGCUUGGAGGUGAGGACCGCCGAAAAAACCCACACCCGACUCUCUGCCUUCAGCAGGAAGAAAGAAGAAGCCAAAUCUCUGGUCUUUUUUUGAGUGGGGAAGAAAAAUCUGAUUCCUUGAAUCUCUUGCUUGCUUUCAGUGACCGCUUUUCCAGCUGCCGAAUAUAUACAAUGCUUCUUAACAUGUCUGUCAGGAAUUAUUUAUGUUGACUUCAGGAGGUUUCUGUGGGCUGGGGGUUUUUUUUGGUCUGAGAAUAAAAAAAUCUCAAAGACGUUUUUAACUCUUAAA